AUGAGUGGGUAUGAUAGAGCAUUGUCUAUUUUCUCGCCGGAUGGACACAUUUUCCAGGUUGAGUAUGCAUUAGAAGCGGUUAAAAGAGGUACGUGUGCAGUGGGGCUCAAGGGCCAGGACUGUGUGGUUCUAGGGUGCGAGAGAAGGUCUACAUUGAAGCUUCAGGACCCCAGAAUCACGCCGUCGAAGAUCUCGAAGAUCGAUAACCAUGUUGUUCUUUCGUUUGCAGGGCUAAAUGCGGACUCUAGAAUUUUGAUUGAGAAGGCUCGUGUAGAGGCUCAAUCGCACCGUUUGACGUUGGAGGAUCCUGUGACGGUGGAAUAUUUGACGCGAUAUGUGGCUGGGGUGCAGCAGCGCUACACUCAGUCUGGUGGUGUGAGGCCCUUUGGUGUUUCUGUGUUGAUAGCGGGGUUUGAUCCACGGGACAACAAGCCGCGUUUAUACCAGACGGAGCCCAGUGGUAUCUAUUCAGCAUGGUGUGCGCAAUCGAUUGGGAGGAAUUCGAAGACGGUACGCGAGUUUUUAGAGAAGAAUUACAACAAGGAUGCGCCUCCAGAAAACGAGAAGGAGUGCGUGAAGCUGACGAUCAAGUCUUUGCUCGAGGUGGUGCAGACGGGAGCGCGGAACAUUGAGAUCACUGUGGUAAAACCCGACUCGCAGAUCGUGACGCUAACCACCGAGGAAAUAAGCAGCUACGUGGACGAGAUCGAGGCCGAGAAGCAGCAGGACCUCGAUAAGAAGAAGCAGCAGGAGCAGGACAAGUAG